UAUGAACCCUAAAAAAAAUAUUUUUCUAAAAAUCAAUUUUUGACACCUCCCAAAGCUGGGGAUUUAGGGUUUCGAGAGUACCUAGGGUUCGAGAGGAAGGGGAAGCAACUGGGGGGAGAUGGCGAAGUUCAACGAAGUGCAGAAGAGGAAGAGAGCGGCGAAGGCUGAGAGAAAACGAGCCAUUCACGGUGAUCCUGCCACGGGAAAAUUGAAGCACAAGACUGAGAAACUCUCUAUCUCCGGCAAGCGCAAGCAGAAACUCCUCCGAAAAUGGCGCAGAGAGCAGAAAGAGAUGAUGGAGAAGGGUCUCGUUACCAUGGAAGAUGUAGAGAUGGCUUCUGCUGAAGCAUCUGAUGAUGUAGGGACAUCUGAAGACGCCAAGAAAAACCCGAAAAAGUUUAGCGUAAAGAAAAGCUUGAAGCUCAGGAAAUUAAACCGCAAAGGUGAAGCCUUGAACUUUGAGUGAAUAGUCCCGUGAUUGCCAAACCCGGUAAAAAGAAGAAAGGAUCUAAGACUGUUUCGGAAGGAUCUGAAGAUCUCAUGUUGGAAUGAAGUUAGUACAUCCGCACCCUUUUGAUGAUCACUACGUGUAAUACAAGUCGGGUGAUGUAUCUCUCUUUUUCUUUUCCACCAUAGAUGUCGUGUCUCUAAGGUCUGUAAUAUACUGAUACAUGAAUGAAGGAAGGGUUGGAAAUCGUCGUUCUGUUUUUUGUU